AUGGAAUCACCAUGGGCAACUCUCUUUCGCGCAUUGAUCCUGCCAAUAUUUUUCACCGCAUUAUUCUGUUCCGGUGGAAAACUCGCCAAUAUUGCAUUCACGACGAACGAAGGUGGAAGUGCCGACUUUUCUCAGCAGAUUAGAAGUCUGAAACAAGCCCUGGAUGGGGUUCCCCUCAAGAAACUGGUUCUAUGCCGGAAUGAACUCAAUUCGAUCAUAGACACUGCAGUACAAGGCCUCAGCUUGGACAGGUGGGUUGCGAUUGACGACGUGGACGACUUGUAUUACAAUUGUCUACAAUCACUGAAUGGCAUAUCCGACUGCUUCGCUGCUAUCAUCUUUACCUCAAUCAAUGCUAUCAAUGUUGAUUAUAUCAUCGCCACCGACAGCGCUACAAGCAUAUCGAGUACCGACUUUGCAUAG